GACCAGGUACAAAAUGGCAAGCAGACCGAAGUGCCCAAGAGUAGGAAACGAAGACUCGAUUUUCAGCUCGUUUAGUUCAAACCAAGAUUUAUUUGAUGGUUUGAGACAAGACUUGAGUGGGUUGCAAACAUCUGUUGGGUUUGGACUAGCGCUGCUUAAGAUUCAACUGUGUGACGCAAAAUUUAGCACGACUUUCUCAAAUGCGUGUUUACACGCAGUGAGACAAACUGAUCUUGAUGACGAGGACCGGGUAGCUUACACUUUUGGAAGUGUGUUUGAUCGUGGAUGUGGGGUGCUGAAGUCCUUCUUGGAUGAUCCUCACGGAAGAAUACCGCAACGAAAAGGCGAACAUAUCGCACUAUGCAAGCUGUUGACAAUGCUGGAAAAUACAAAAGAUGUUAACAAGGCGCUCACCAUCGAUCAUGGCCAACAAAUCAGCAGAACAGAAUGGACAAUAAGACUGGCCCAUCAUUUCCUGUCUCCACUUGCAGUUAAUCCAACAUUCCUUAUAGAUAGUCAUAGUUGUGAUCAAAGAGAUAGAUGUCCAUGCUGCAAUGAAAAGAUAGCAGGGUCUUUUGACGAUACCAGCAUUGGCAGCAAAGAUGGUUGGCAUGGGUACCUGGAUAUCGUGUUUGGUGUAGAAAGAUUUGCAGCAGUGAAGAUUGCUGUUGAGGAACCGGAUUCUCCUGGUGGUGAAAACCGUUCUGCAGUUGAAGUAAAAGCCCAGGAUGGCUUGAAAAGUUGCAGAAACCAAAUUUUAGCUGAAACAGUCGUAUUUUCAUUUUUACAGAAAAAGUAUCACUCAGAAUAUGACAAUUAUCUCAUUCCUACUAUUGGAAUUUCAAGACAAUAUGUGGUGUUUUACUUUUAUGACUGUGUCAAUGAUAUGUUGAUGGAAACACCACCAAUACGCUUGUUAAAGAAUAACAAGUUAAUUAAAUCAACUAUUCUAGCUGUAUGGCUCGUCCUCAAUUACAAGUAUUUCUGUUCUGGAAUCACAAAAGGUAUGCGGGAUCGCAAUUUUACAGCAGAUUUUUUCAAACAUGUAGGUGAUUGCAUUCAGAUCUAUAGGAAUGAUGUAGACUUUGCUUGUGGUUCAGCGAGUCGGGCAGUCGAAGAUUUUGCCCCUUGGGAAGAUGUUCGUAUUAAACUUGAGAGUGGAAGUAUUUCUGCUGAACCUACCAAUUAGACUGCAUUUAUUCAGAGAUGUAGGAUUCCACUUAUCCAGUACGCGGACAAGGACAUUAGCUUACAAGGCUUUAUAGUGGAAAUGUUCAAGAUUUACUGUAUUUUCAACCAACUUUUCAGAAAUAUUCUUCGGCCAAUAUGACAAUUGUUUGCCUGAUAUAGUUUCUAUAAGAUUAAAUGUAAUUUCAAAGAUU